AUGAAGAGACUUCCCAAUGAUGAGGUCUCCUCUCACCUGAGUGAAGAAGUCCUGCUUUGGCAGAUGCAGAGUCCCUCAGCAAGCCUGACUGGGUCUGCCUAUGGAAGCACACCUGUGUUCACAAAGGGUCUACAAAACAUAAGAGCUACGAAGGGUCAAUUAGUGGUAUUUGAAUGUCGCAUCCGCGCGACCCCCAGCUCACAGGUUCACUGGUACAGAGAAUAUGAUCAGAUAAUAGACUCUGCUGACUUCCGAAUACUGAGGAAAAAGGCUUGUUCAUCAGCAGUUCCUGAGGAAGUCUGCACCCUGGUUAUUACAGAAGCUUUUCCAGAGGACUCUGGAAUAUUUAAAUGUGUUGCUGAAAAUGAAUUUGGAUCUGCAGCAUCCAGUGCACGUCUCUCCGUUUCCCCAGGUAGGCACAUGAGUCUCUUAUCUGAGCAACUAAGCUCAAGAGAAUUUGCUGCUGCUCAGCAUCAGGCAGAGUCACAGAUACUUGUCAAGCAGAAACCAGACCCAGACACUUUCAUAGGCUCAAGAGAAGUAAAAUGCCUCAAAAAUGCAGUCUGCUUGGGUACCUCUCAAAGCCCAGAUGCAAGUUGCUCUGCAGUUCUGCUUUUGGCCCCUCCUCCUGGGUAA